AACAAUAGUUAAAAUAAAAGAACUAAAAGUUAAUCAACUUUUUUGUUUGUGGCAAAAUGUAUCAAAGUGAUCCUGUAUCUUCAACUGAAAAAGCCCAUAAGAAUUAUGCAAGUGGUGCCAUCUGGUGUUGCAGUUGUCCCUCAGAACCUAUUGCUUAUAUUGUGAAAUGAAAUAGGCUAAAUAAACACUGAAACAUCUUCCUCGGAAAGCAGACUGUUUAUCGACUCGCAAGUCACAACACCGUUGAAGUUAACGUAUCGUCCCGCAGAUGCGUUAACGUGUCCAGAUUACAUGCUCAGUUUGUCAGGUUCCAGAAGGACCAGUGAGAUGACAGAACUUCUGUUCAGUGAAGUACCACUAAAGAAGAGGAAGAAUGAGACUGAGUCUGCAGACCAGAGCAGGCCUUGCAGACAGGUGCCGUUCAGCCUGUUGAGCUCAACUGAACUACUGCUGCAGAUCCCCCAAAACAGCAACACCAGCCUGCCCGUGUGGGAGAGUGUAAAUGCCGCUCAUGCACAGGUGCAGUGGAGUGUGACUCCAUAUGGCAUCACCAUCCAGAUUACCCCUCUCACCACCCAGAAAGCCCAGAGCAAUGACCAGCCUGAAACACAGCCUUCAUCUCUGUCUGAAACCCAACUUUCAACACUCCCCACAAGCCUGCCUGUUCCGAGCAUUCAGCCCAUGCCCCAGAUGAUCCAUGGUGUGCCCCUCAACCUGAGCACUCAGAUAGCAUGGAAUACUCCCAAUCCUUAUGGAUUGAACUUGCUGCCUGUACUUCCGUAUCAGACUCAAGCAACACAGUCUCCUCCUAAGCCCCUCCCACAGUCUCAGACCCUUCCCCAGCUGACUCCCUCCUGUCAGAGCUUGUCCGGCCCCGGUGCUGCGACUCAUGAGGUCAUUGAUCUUCCCUCCGUGUUUUAUCAGCUAGAUGCCAAAACCUGUUACACCCAGUCCUCUGGUAGCAUCUACAUCUGCGACCGGUUCCUCACUGGCCAUUGUCGAUACAAGUCAAAUUGCAAGCAGCACCACACGCCUCUCCCUUUCCACUGGCAGCUGAGGCGCCGGGACACUCAGCAGUGGGUCGACGUCUCUCUGUCUGCUCUGGUCAAACUGGAGAAGCUAUACUGUGACAUUGGCAGAGAGACCAUCAAGAUGCAGGAUGAGACAGAUAUGUUUUCCCUCCACUUUGACACCAUGACAGUGAAAAAUUCUGUGAAAUAUGAUGAAGCCAGAAGACUAACCAAUAGGAGCAACCCAGCCAGGAUCCCUCUCCUGUCCACAGUGUGGAAGAUCUACUGGUGGAAUGAUUAUGAAUGGGAACCAUACAAAGAAGAAGUGUCCGCGUUGCUACUGGAAAAGAUGAGGGAAGGGAGAACAAGCUGUCGGUUCUUCAUUGGGGAGCAGGAGUACAAAGUGGACUUCAGCACUCUGACCCAGAGGAACCUUACGACCAGGUUCAAACGCAGAGUACGACUGAGGCCAACCUUCCACUCGCUCUUCUCCCUCAAAUCACACCUGAAGACAGUUUCGCUCAGAGAACCCCCCCGGCCUUUUUGGCAGGUUCUCCCCAGUCUCAGUGUGGAUCCUCUGCAGGAGUUCAGCAGCUGGUACCCUCCUGUGUGGACCCUGAGCCCAGAUCAGGGCUUUAGCCUGGUGAAGGUGCCACCCAAUGCCAAAGCCUACCAAAGCGUCCACUGCCUGUUCCACAGCACCAUGUUGGAGACCAAGACAGAGAUCAUCAGCAUACAGCAGGUCCAGAACGUUUUCCAGUGGGACAAGUAUAGGAGGCAGAAGGAGCACAUGCAGAGUCGCAGCACAGUCGAGAGAAGGUCUCUGGAGCGGCACCUGUUCCACGGGACCACUGAGGAUUGCGCCAAGGAGAUCAGUUUGACCAACUUUGACCCGCGAGUUUCAGGGAAGAACGGGGUGGCAUACGGCCAGGGUACCUACUUUGCCCGACAUGCCCGUUACGCCGAUGCGUAUGCACAGGCAUCAGGCGAGGAGAACUGCCAGCACAUGUUCCUUGCCAAGGUGCUGGUGGGCAGGAUGAGUGUGGGGAAUACGACGUUCUGUCGCCCACCCUGUCUCGACCCCCAAGCACCUGGAUUUGAGCGGUAUGACACCUGCGUGAAUCGGCUUUACAAUCCAUCUACCUUUGUGGUGUUCGAUAGCUGCCAGUGCUAUCCCUACUACCUCAUCAAAUACAAAGCAUUGUCUGACAUCGUCAACAUCUGUUGAGUGAGACCCCAAAACAUUUUACCGCCUGUUUUUUCCGCUUUUCAUUGUGUUGAAACAUUAUACACUGGUUAGUUCAGCUGUGUGGCAGGUGGGCUUUGAGCAUUUCACUUCAACAGGGAGAUGUAGGUGAAGUUUAGUGGGGUAUACUGCCACCAGCAGGCCACAUGUUGUACUCAAUACAUCAGUUCUGUGUUCUUGUGGUAGCCAAUAGAGAAAGCAAAAAUAGCGCUCUCCAGUGUCUUGGAGAACCAUAUGGUGGUAUACACUAUUUGUUUGAUCUGAACUGGAUAAAGGGAUGGUUGACUUUCUAGAGUUUUUAAGAAUCAUUUCAGCUUUGGUACAUAUUUGCAAUUGGAUAUUUUUGACAUUUGCAGAAGGUUCUGAUGACUUACCAGCUUUAAAAUGGCUAAAGAAAGAAAACACACUUCAGGUAACUCCAAAGCAGCUAUUGUGCUGCACCUUUGACGUGAUGCCCCCAGACAUCGUGUUGUACAUGCUAAAUGUAAUUUUCAAACUGAAAUCAAAAUUUUAUUUGAUUUGUAUCACUCUCCAAUGGAGCAUGCAGCAUGAAACCACUGUGCUGAAGGAAAGGAAUGCCAGCAUGAUAUACAAAAUGAUAAUUAUGAAUAAAUGUUAUAAAAUAGAAGUGAAUCAGUGACAUCAGUGUACAUGCUGUUUUGGAGUUAUUUAAAGUGUUUUUUGUGCUUUGGACUGUGAAACCCCCUAUAUCAGCCAUUUUAAACUAAACAGGUCAUUAGGAACUUUUGGUAAUAUCUAAAAUAUCAUUCAUCACACAAACACUGCCUGGGCAAACUAAAAACACCAAAUUUGAAAUACCAAAAUAAACCCCAGAAAGUGAACUAUCCCUUUAAGACUGAUACUGUUGAAGUUCUUUUUGUUAAAGGUUAUUUUCAGAAUUGUCAUGCAAUUAUCUAUUCAAAAAAUACCAUUUGCAGAAAAGAAUAUAUGUUAUCAAAUGUUUAAUUUAGCAGUUCAAGUUUUUCCUAUGUGGACAUUUCUAAAAGCCAGAAUCACAAUUUCUGGUAAUAGCAUAAACGUGUUCAGCUUUCAGUGCUUUACCAGACCCAGUAAAAUAGACUUAACUGGAGCAACCUUAAAUAGCUAGUUGUGGAUCCUGGGUUGACAGUGUUUACUGUGAAAGGAAAUGCAGUUUUGACUGUAAUAAAAGGUUUCCUUCA